AGGAAGCGGCCGGUGGGCGGGAGGGGGAGGUCGCUGCCACGUUCGGUCGCUGUGACUGCGGGGAGGCCGGUCCGGGCGAUGGAGCCGCACAAGCGCCUUGUCCUCGCGGAGUUUUUUUAUGUCUGACAGCUGCGGCUGCUGCUUUGUAGCUGGGGCAGGGGCAGGGGCAGGGGCAGGGAAGAGAAGAGCCGCGCGGCAGCGUCUCUAGCCGGGGCCCGGGACUCCGCCGGGCUCGCCACGCACCCUGCUCCGCAGGCUGACCCCGGAGGCGAGCUACUUCUCACAUGGCUUAAAUUAAGUGCAGCUCAGGUCUCGCUGUGUAGCUCAGAGGCCGACUAGCAAAGGGGCAGAAAACAGUGCUCAGCUAGGACUCGUCAAUAAAAUAACCAGUCUUAAUAUGUCCAGUUCUUUAUGUGACAAUAAAUCCCGAAUAAAUAUUGUAUGAGUAUAAUAAAGGCAAAUUGGCAAAGGCAAAACUGAUUAUUUGCAUUUCUGUUUUUAACGAUUUCAUCAUCUGCAACUUGCUAGGAAUAUUUAGCCUAGGUCAGGUAGCAUCUAGUACUUAUUUCAUCUUAAAUGUUAAAGUGUACAUUCUAAUGGAAAGUUGGUAUUGUAUAAAGUUUUCAGAAGAGUUUAAUGUGGUAUCUGAAACAUUGACAAGCAUUAGUAUUCAAAAAUUAACAUAUGUGAUUUGUUUACUAGGCGUGGAACUGAGUUUUUUAUAUAUGGUAAUACAUGUUUAUAAAACCAUGUUUAGAGAAUAUUAGAUCCUUUGUACCUAUUUAAUAAGUCAAACCCAGCACCUGACACUAUUAAAACAAACUUACAAAACCGAAACAACCUUCAGAUGCUAUAUGUUUAUAUUUGUGACUUCUUGUGAACAUAAUUUUAUUGGAAAAUCCUGGCUUUCGCUGUCUGGAUCCUUUAACAGUGUGCCAAAGAGGGACUCCAUGAAAGAUGACAGAAGAAGUUAUUGUUAUAGCAAAGUGGGAUUACACUGCACAACAGGACCAAGAACUUGACAUCAAAAAGAAUGAGCGUCUUUGGCUGCUGGAUGAUUCCAAAACAUGGUGGAGGGUAAGAAACGCGGCCAACAAAACGGGAUAUGUGCCAUCAAAUUACGUGGAGCGAAAGAACAGCUUGAAGAAAGGCUCCCUGGUUAAAAAUCUAAAAGACACAUUGGGUUUGGGUAAAACAAAAAGGAAGACAAGUGCACGAGAUGCCUCACCUACUCCUAGUACAGAUGCAGAAUAUCCAUCCAACGGUAGCAGUGCAGAUCGGAUUUAUGACCUUAACAUCCCCGCCUACGUUAAAUUUGCCUAUGUGGCAGAGAGGGAGGAUGAGCUGUCCCUUGUUAAAGGAUCCCGAGUCAUUGUUAUGGAAAAGUGCAGUGACGGCUGGUGGAGAGGUAGCUACAAUGGACAGAUUGGCUGGUUUCCUUCGAACUAUGUGGUGGAGGAAGUUGAGGAAGCAACUGCAGAUUCCCCAAGUUUUCUAAGUUUAAGGAAAGGUGCAUCCAUGAGUAAUGGUCAGAGCUCAAAACUACUUCACGUUGUUCAGACACUGUAUCCAUUCAGCUCCGUCACAGAGGAAGAGCUCAAUUUUGAAAAGGGGGAAACAAUGGAAGUCAUUGAAAAACCAGAAAAUGACCCAGAAUGGUGGAAAUGUAAAAAUUCCCGAGGGCAAAUUGGUCUUGUUCCUAAAAACUAUGUAGUAAUCUUAAGUGAUGGUCCUACCAUUAACACGUCCCAUCCACCUCCGAUAAGCUAUACAGGGCCAUCUUCUACAGGACGGUUUGCUGGAAGAGAGUGGUAUUAUGGGAAUGUUACCCGGCAUCAAGCAGAAUGUGCCCUAAAUGAGAGGGGAGUGGAAGGGGACUUCCUUGUUAGAGAUAGUGAAUCUUCGCCCAGUGACUUCUCAGUAUCUCUAAAGGCAUCAGGGAAGAACAAACAUUUCAAGGUGCAGCUUGUGGACAAUGUCUAUUGUAUUGGCCAGCGUCGAUUUCAUUCAAUGGAUGAAUUGGUGGAACACUACAAAAAAGCUCCCAUCUUCACCAGUGAACAUGGGGAAAAGUUAUAUCUUGUGAAAGCACUUCAGUGACGUUGAAGAUAGACUAUGCCACCUAGGCCUCUUAUAACUUUCAAGCCUUAGGUCCUAAUUCACUUUUAUAGAGCAGAGCAAUCUACUCCCUGAAGCUGGCUUAAAGAAUGGGCUCUUUCCAAAGUGUUUGCUCUGUUGGUUGUUGUUGUCCUUUUUUGGUUUGGAUUUGUUUUGUUUGCCUAUUUUAUCUUUUCGGUUCUGUUAAUCUCAGAUGACCUCCCCACAGGUUGAAAAUUUCACUUAAAUGGGCGUUGUAAGCACUCACUUUCAUGCCUGAGUUCUAAACUCCCCUCUUCUGUGUACGUUUACAUAGUUAGUUCCAAUAAAAGAGGGGUGUUUUCAAUUCAAAACAGUGUUAAUCUGUUCAAAUUGCUCAUGCUGACAGAACUGUUCAUUUGAGAGACAUCGGGCACAGUUUGAAUGCACUGAAGCUGCAGCUAAUUAAGUGAGAUAUAGUAGACAUAACAGUUGUGGCAGUGAAUUCUGUAGCUAUUUUGCUUACCAAGUAGUAUAUUACAAAAAUUCCUAGUUCCUAGAAGCACUCUUUACACUGUACUCUGCUAUUACAUUGCCUCUUUAACUCUUUGUAAAGAGUACACUAAUUAAAGCAUUUUGUAAUAGUACUUCUUAAUCUACUAUGGUAAGAUUGUAGUAAAAGAAAACUAUCUAGUGUAUUUUGGUCUGUAAUUGCAACAGAGAGGAAUUUUCUUUUUUACAUUGAUUGCUAGAGAAAGAAUCAUUGAAUUGUAAAGUCUGAAUGUUUUGGUAAUCUACAACCAAAUGUGCCAUCCACAUAAUGCUUUUUCCUCUUGCCCUUCUGCUUGUUUGAAUUAAACAAUUAUGUAUUUAAUUCUCGAAGUAAUAUGUAUCUGUAGCUGAUUGUUGACACUAAUACAGAAGAUUAAUAAAAACUGAUCUUGGGGUGGGGCGGGCGGGCUACCAACACUAUUAUAUAUAUAGAUCUAUAUAUAUUUGCUUUAUAGAGAAAAUCUUCAGGGUUUACAGAGGAUGGUGGGAUUGGUAGUAGGAGACACACAGAAUGUUUAUGAAGAAAAUGCAUUUUCUCUUUUCUUUACAUUUAAACUCCUUUAUGGUUUAAAUAUACAGUCUUGAGAUGGCACAUUCCUGAGAUUGAAGAAGGGAUCUUGAGAUCUCAAAUUCUUGCAUACCCAGUUUUUUGGAUAUUGUAAUAAAACCGAUAUUAUGUCAA